AUGGAAGAAGAGAAGGUUUUAAAAGACUUCCCUGAUAAGCAGAUAACAAUCGACAUUAAUCCAGAGGAAUUGGAACGUGCAAGGGUGUCCCCUGAUAGGCUUCCCAUCAUGAAGAGUCCAGAGAUAUUGGAACCGGAACAUCACAUUGACAAAGAUCUGCGUGCAGCGCUGCAAGGUAGGUGUAGAGCGGUGCCCUCUGUUACAUUUAGGCCUGAGGAAUCGGAAGCUAACGGGGAAGAUCCGAGUGAUUGGAUCAUCUACAAGGUUCCCAAUAAGCUCCGGAAGAUACGUCCAGCAGCUUACACUCCCCAACUAGUUUCAAUUGGGCCUUUUCACCAUGGCGUAUCAAACUUAAAGGCCAUGGAACAUUAUAAAGCCAAGUACAUGGAAAAAUUCCUGAGACGGUCCAUCUGUAAUCAUAUUAACGAGGAGGAUUUAAUCCACGAGAUCACGAACACGAAAGAAGAUGGGAAACUUGUGGAAAAAGCCGAGCGUAGCUAUAAAGAAGAGACCUUUGAGCCUGAGAAUAAGAAAAAGUACAGAAGGGACUCGAAAAAGUACUGGGAGGACCCGAAAAAUAUUUUACGAGAUGCCUGCUUCAUCCUUGAGCUCUUCCUUAGAAACCACGAAAAUCCAUUUUCACCUCCCGAUGAAGAAGAUAAUAAAGAAGACGAGAAAUAUUCAGGGGAAUACAUAUUAAGUCCAUGGGUUAAGGCAUCUAUAGAACAGGACUUGAUAUUGCUGGAAAAUCAACUUCCCUUUUUUGUUCUCACUCGACUGUUCAACUUCAUCUUCAAUCAUCCGUCGAUAAAUAUUAAUAAUAUCCCUGAUUGUCCACCAGAGCUAAAGAAUAAUGAAGGUGAUCAACUUGUCGAUUUCUUAAUACUAAUUACCUGUGAAUUCUUCAAUGAUUAUUACAGUUAUCGAAAAUCUUGCACCGAGGAGAAUUCCAAAAAUAAACCUUUCUCCGAGUACUCCGAGGAGGAAAAGAAACAAUUGGUGAGCGAAAUGAAACCUAUCAAACAUCUCACUGAUGACAAAACAGAAGAGUUUCCCAAGAGUUCUUAUGGUUUGACCCGCUGUCUCUAUUCUGCAAAGCAACUGGAUGAUGCGGGGGUGGCGUUUGGGCGUCCUAAAGAUGCUACAUAUUUAACUCACAUAAAGAUUUGGCCUGAUGUUAAGGACGAUGAUAAGUGCUGCUGGUGGAAUUGCCGCGAUCGCUGUUGGUGGAAUGGCCGCGGUUGCUGUUGGUUAAAUGGGUGCUGUGGGAUUAAUUGUUUGGAAUUGAAAAUCCCUCAAUUGAAGGUAGAUAACAACACCGACUGCAUUUUCAGAAACAUCAUGGCGUUGGAGCAGUUUGUUUAUCCAGAUAAGCCUCGUAUCUGCAAUUAUAUUUUUCUGCUGGAUCAACUCAUCGACACCGUUGAAGAUGUGGUUUUUCUGAUUGACAAGGGAAUCAUUGAGAACUGGCUUGGCAGUAACAGGGACGUGGCUGCCUUGGUUAACAAACUCUGCGACCAAAUUGUGACCCCGCGUUUCCUCUAUACUGAUAUCUGCGACAAACUUAACAAGCAUCACAACAAAAAAUUGAAUGUUGCCAGGUCAACUCUCAAGAGGGUUUACUUCAAGGAUAUUUGGACUGGCAGUUCCACUGUCGUAGGGCUUGUUUUCCUUGUGUUCUCCCUCUUCUCUACCUAUUCUACCAUCAAGAAUCUCUUCUUUGUAUGA